AUGGAAGAUAGGAGACAAUCGUUUCCUUUUCCCCCUCUAGUAUUUGAGGAUUGCGUGUCUUCACCAUGUAACGGACAUAACUGUACCAGUGUCCAAGACAGCUUUAUCUGCACUUGUGAUGGCGGUUGGUCUGGAACUAAAUGUACGACACCACCGGAUAAAUGUAAUGGCAAUGCAUGUGAAAAUGGUGCAACGUGUAAUAGUGGAACUACCAAUUACUCGUGCAGUUGUGCUACUGGAUACAGUGGUUCGUUUUGUGAAAUUUCACCAUUGGAUGGUGGCUGGUCAGAAUGGGCGGUAUCAGAAUGUUCAAAGAGUUGUGGAACUGGGAGUUUGACUAGAACCCGACAAUGUAACAGCCCAGUCCCAGAUACACACGGUGCUGAUUGCGUUGGUGACGUUACAGAAACAAUAGCUUGUAAUACAGAUGCUUGUCCUGUUUGUGAACAACUCAUGAGCGCAUCGGGGUCCUUGUUCAACUGUUCUACAAACGGAACAUUCGGUGAUGAAACAGGUACAGUAUAUUGCGAGGAUGGUUAAAUACUUCCACCCGGUUUAGAUGAUGGUAAGUCAUACACGUGUGGUCCAAGCACCAACUACGAAUGGGAUUAUUUGGAAAAUACUUCCAGCU